CUCGUAUUUAGCGCAUUGUAAAAAAUAGUUGCAAUUAAUACGAUCUCGAAUCUCGAAAAUCGAAGUCUUAUCUGUCAAACAUAUUUCCAAUGGUGCAUUUGACAUUUCAUUAGCUUUUGUUCUUCACAGAUAUCAAAUGCGAUAAAAUAAAUAUUAACGCUAAAAAAUAUAUAGGAAUUCAAAAAAUAUUAUUAAAUUCGUCAUGCUUGUUUUAGUAUUGGGAGAUUUACACAUACCACACAGAUGUAGUAGUCUUCCAAGUAAAUUUAAGAAAUUGUUGGUGCCUGGUAGAAUACAACAUAUUUUAUGUACAGGUAAUCUUUGUACUAAAGAAUCAUAUGAUUACUUGAAAACACUAGCCAGUGAUGUACAUGUUGUUAGAGGAGAUUUUGAUGAGAAUUUAAAUUAUCCAGAACAAAAAGUGGUCACUGUUGGUCAGUUUAGAAUAGGUUUGUCACAUGGACAUCAAGUGGUACCUUGGGGAGAUCCGGAAUCACUAGCUUUAAUUCAAAGACAAUUAGACGUUGAUAUUUUGAUAUCAGGUCAUACACAUAAAUUUGAGGCAUACGAGCAUGAAAACAAAUUUUAUAUUAAUCCUGGUUCAGCAACAGGGGCAUAUAACCCUCUUGACACAUCAGUUAUCCCAUCUUUUGUUCUAAUGGAUAUUCAAAGCUCAACAGUUGUAACUUAUGUCUAUCAACUUGUUGGUGAUGAAGUAAAAGUUGAACGAAUUGAGUACAAAAAAAAUUAAAAUAUGUAGGAAGAUUAAAAUGUAAGAUAUAUAUCAUAAAUUGAAAAUGGAAUUUCAUAGUGAAAUUCAAGAUUAAUCUGUGUAUAAUCCAUAUAAAAUAUUACCUGUAUUAUCAUUUAAGCAUUUAUAUAAAAAUUUAAAUUAUACACUGCAUUUGAUAUAAAUAAAAUGGAAAUACAAUAUAUAA